CUCGUCCCCGGCCGCACCGCCCCUCGCCGCCUGCUCGCAAGCCCCAGCGGCGGCAGACGCGGGGCCCGGCGCGAGCACGGGGGGAGGCCGGGCCCGGCAGUGAAAAUCCUACAAAGGCAUUCAUCCUUUGAAGAUUGCAUAAGGCUAAUCAAAAUGUGGACUGCUGUGGGUAACUACCUAUUAAGGUCCAAAGUCUAUCAAGACUGUCCACGUGUUUCGCUGCUAAUACAGAAGAGCAGGAGUAUUAUAACAAGAUCCACACCCUUGCAGCAUUCAGCUGGAGUAGUUCAAGCAGCUCAGCCUUUCAACAUGAAUGCAAGAAUUCAGAAAGUGGAAGCUCUUGAUGCCAAUCAUUUUGUCUGUAUCCACUGGGAAGACGGGGGCAAGAGCCUUUACCCUUCUGUGUGGCUAAGAGACAACUGCCAGUGUCCUGACUGCUUCUUGCACUCUGCUAAAGCCCGCAAACUGCCUUUUGAAGACCUAGAUGUUGACAUUGGGGUGAAGGGCAUCACUUUGACAGAUAGAAAAAAGGUGUAUAUUAUAUGGCCAAAUGAACACACCAGUGAAUUUGAGGCUGAAUGGUUGAAGAAAAGGUGCUUUUCUGAACAAGCCAGAGCAAAAAUGCGGGAAGAAUUAUUUUUGCCAGAACAUGAAUAUUGGGGCUCAGAUCUGCAAUUCCCGGAGAUGUCUUUUGAAGAUGUUUUAAGCAGUGAUGAAAGUGCCUACACAUGGCUGUCAACCCUUAAGAAAGUUGGGAUUGUAAUGUUAACCAGAGCUGCCACUAGACCAGGAGAGUUAGUUAAACUUGGCAAAAGGAUUGGUUUCCUGCGGCUCACAUUUUAUGGACCUACUUGGCAAGUGCAAGACAAAAUGGAUGCCAACAACGUGGCUUACACAACUGGGAAGCUAAAUUUUCACACUGAUUAUCCCGUUCUGCAACAUCCACCUGGGGUUCAGUUUCUUCACUGUAUAAAACAAACCACUACUGGAGGUGAAAGUGAAGUGGUAGAUGGAUUCCAUGUUUCCAGGAAGCUAAAGCAGCAAAACCCUCAAGCCUUUCAGAUCCUCACCUCUACUCUGGUAGAUUUCACAGAUGUUGGGGUUGAUUAUUGUGAUUUUUCUAUGCAGUCCAAACAGAAGAUAAUACAAAUAAAUGACAGAGGUGAAAUGGAUCGUAUCAAUUAUAAUAAUGCAACACGAGACACUGUGUUUGACAUAUCUGCUGAAAAGGUGCGGCCAUUUUAUGCAGCUCUGAAGGAGUUUGUUAAUCUACUAAACAGCACAGAACAUAAAGUAACCUAUAAGAUGAAACCAGGAGACAUAGUAACAUUUGACAACUGGCGUAUACUUCAUGGUCGUGGGAGCUACCAAUCAGGGAAAGAAAUAACCCGACAUCUUGAAGGUGCUUAUGCUGACUGGGAUGUCAUAAUGUCAAGGCUACGCUGCCUAAGGAAGACUGUCUUGAACAAAAACUAAUCUUUCUGCUUGUUUAAAAAUUUGCUAAGCCUAGCACAGGCUUAACUUUUUUUUUUACUUUAAAAACAGCAAUAUAUUUGAUUUCCUUUGAGUAACAUUUUAAAUCCUUGCUAACAUUAUCUUUAAAAUUAAGUACAGACAGU